UCCAGAACUCUAUAUAAGCCAAUCUACUUAUCAAGUUGUGGUCUUUCUCCCUUUCUCGAUUUCAUUUUUAAACCUUUGCCCGCUGUCACUCUCUCUCUCUCUCUUCAAAUCUCUAGAGAGAGAAAGAUUUGUUGAAGGACCGCCUCUGUCUUCGUCUUCUACAGACUCCAUCGCCAAUACGUUCUCGUUCAAUCAAGUUUUGACCAUUUUGAAGACAAGCAUGUCAUCUCUGAGCAGAGAAAUUGUGUUUUUUUUACUUCAUUCUCUUGAUGAAGAGAAAUUUAAAGAGACUGUUCAUCAGUUGGAGCGAGAGUCGGGAUUUUUCUUCAACGUCAGAUAUUUUGAGGAACUGGUGAUCAAUGGGGAUUGGGAUGAGGUGGAGAAAUACUUAUCUGGAUUUACUAAGGUUGAUGACAACAGACAUUCCACGAAAAUUUUCUUUGAAAUCCGAAAGCAGAAGUACCUAGAAGCCUUAGACAGGAACGAUUGGGCUAAAGCUGUUGAUAUUCUAAAGAAGGACUUGAACGUGUUUUCGGAUAUUAACAAAGAGAUUUUUAAAGAAAUGACUGAGCUUCUGAUGUUGGAGGAUCUUAGAGAAAAUAAGCAACUAUCUCGAUAUGGAGAUACCGAGUCUGCUAGGAGAAAUUUGUUUGCGCAACUUGAAUAUUUGAUUCAAAGGAACCCCCUGUUGCGUGAAAAGCUAAAUUUUUCUCACUUGAACUCCGGACUGUGGACUCUAGUUAACCAAAGUUUUAAUCAGCAGUAUUCGUUUCAUGGGAAUCCAAAGCCUAUCGCUGACACAAUAACCCCACUUCUGGACCCUUCUUGUAGCCAGUUGCAGCCAAUUGGUGCACAACCCCUAUCUUCUGUAGCUAAUCCUCUAAUGGGUGAUGUUCCCAAAGCAAUGGGUUUUUCGCCUCCAGGUGCUCAUCGUCCAGCGCCAGCUCCUCUACCAACAUAUAUUGCAGGACAGAUGGAUAAUCCAUCUUUUAUCCCUCACCCUUCUUCUUCUGAAAAGCCCAUUGGUUUUACUGCAUUUUCAUCUUCUGCCAAGCCCAUUGGUUUUACUGCAUUUAACGGUGAAGCAGCUAUCUUAGAGCACCCUGGGAUUCCUCCAACGAACAACUCAGCUGUAGUCUAUCAAACAGCAGAUUCUGAACAUGUGUUGGAGAGACUCGGAACUUCUGGGAUUCCGGAUGAAAAUGGCAUAAAUCAAAGGUCGGCAGAUGAAAAAUCCAGAAAUGCUGAUGAGUCGUUAGACAAUUCUGGGAUCUGGAAACUGACAGAAAUCAAUGAACCAUCAGAAUGCCGCUCCCUAAGACUCCCAGAUAAUUUGACAGCAGUGAGGGUUUCCAGAUUGAUGUAUACAAAAUCAGGACUUUCCAUAUUGGCAUUAGCGGCCAAUGCUGUGCACAAGCUCUGGAGAUGGAGGAAUGAUGAAAACUUAACCGGCAAGGCAACUGCUAGUGUUGUACCACAACUAUGGCAACCUUCAAGUGGAAUAUUGAUGACCAAUGAUGUUAGUGAUACAAACCCUGAAGAUGCUGUUCCUUGCCUUGCACUGUCACCAAAUGGCUCUUAUGUUUUGUCAGCUUCUGGGGAGAAAAUCUCUGUAUAUGAUCUGAUGACAUUUCAGACAAUUAAAACGUUUGCGCACCCUCCACCUACAGCAACAUAUAUUGCAUUUUAUCCUCAGGACAACAAUGUCAUUGCCAUAGGCAUGGAAGACUCUUCUAUCGAAAUAUAUUAUUCAAAGUUAGCUAAGCUUCAAAUCUUGCUCAAGGGCCAUCAGGAAAGAAUAACAGGUCUCGUCUUCUCUAGUGUUCUAAAGGUGCUUGUAUCUUCAGGAGCUGAUUCUCGGCUGUGUGUUUGGAGCACAGAUGAAUGGAAGAUACAAUGGAGUCAAUGCUUGCAGAUUCCAGUUGGGCGAGCCACAGUUCCUCUUACAGAUACCUGCAUACAAUUUCACCAAGAUCAGACGCGUUUACUUGUGGUGCAUGAAACUCAGAUAGCCGUAUAUAAAGCACCUAUGUUGGAACUCCUUAAUCAGUGGAUUCCACCAAAACCAAGUGCUCCUCUGAUCACACAUGCUACAUAUUCCUGUGAUAGCCAGUCAAUAUACGUCGGUUUUGAUGAUGGAAGUGUCGGUAUACUUGCUGCUUCAGCUUCAAUACAAUUGAGAUGCAUAAUUAACUCUACAUCUUAUCUGCCUGUCAAUCCAAGCUCGAGAGUCCAUCCACUUGUGAUCGCGGCACAUCCAUCAGAACCUAAUCAGUUUGCCUUGGGACUUUCUGAUGGCAGAGUUUGUGUACUUGAACCGCUAGAAUCAGAAGGCAAAUGGGGCACCUCUCCUCCGCACGAAGAUGGUGCUGGGCCUAGCUCCACAUCCGAAGCCAGCCAGUUUGAAUCUUGCCAUCAACCCCAACUCUUUUCCAUGGUAGACGGACGGAUGGAUAGUUCAUCUUCUGGCAAGCCCACUGAUUUUACUGCGUUUUCAUCUUCUGCCGGUUUUGCUGCAUUUAACAGUGGAGCAGCUAUCUUAAACCAACCUGGGAUUCCUCCUGUAAUCUAUCUAACAGCAGAUUCUGAACAUGUGUUGGAGAGACUGACACCUUCUGGGAUUCCGGAUGAAAAUAACAUAAACCAAAGAUCGGCAGAUGAAAAAUCCAGAAUUGCUGAUGAGUCGGUAGACAAUUCUAGGAACUGGAAACUGACAGAAAUCAAUGAAUCAUCACAAUGCUGCUCCUUAAGACUCCCAGACAGUUUUGCAGCAUCAAGGGUUUCCAGAUUGAUAUAUACAAAUUUUGGAAGUGCCAUAUUGGCAUUAACGGCCAAUGCUGUGCACAAGAGGUGGGCAUGGUCGAUGAUUGAUGAAGCCGGCAAGGCAACUGCUAGUGUUGUACCACAACUAUGGCAACCUUCAAGUGGAAUAUGGACGGCCAAUGAUAUUAGUGGUACAAACCCUGAAGUUGCAGUUCCAUGCCUUGCACUUUCAAAGAAUGGUUGUUUUGCUAUGUCAGCUUCAGGGGGGAAAGUCUCUUUAUAUUCUCUGACCACACCUGAGAUGUACAGAAUUGCAACGUUUGCGCCCCCUCCACCUACAGCAACAUAUAUUGCGUUUUAUGAUCACCAGGACAGCGAUAUCAUUGCCGUAGGCAUGGAAGACUCUUCUAUCCAAAUAUAUUCCCGGUUAGAUGAGGUCAAUUGGAAGCUCAAAGGCCAUCGGGAAAGAAUAACAGGACUCGCCUUCUCUAACGUUCUACAUGUGCUUGUAUCUUCAGGAGCUGAUUCACAGCUGUGUGUUUGGAGCACAGAUGGAUGGCAGCAACGAAGGAGUAAACGCUCGCAGAUUCCAGUUGGACGAGCCAUGGUUCCUCUUACAGAGUGCAUACAAUUUCACCAAGAGCAGACAUGUUUACUUGCAGUACAUGCAACUCACAUAGCCAUAUAUAAAGCACCUACGUUGAAAUUCCUUAAUCAGUGGAUUCCACCAGAAGGAAGAGAUCCUCAUCUGAUCACACAUGCGACAUAUUCCUGCGAUAGCCAGUCAAUAUACGUCGGUUUUAAUGAUGGAAGUGUCAGAAUUCUUACUGCUUCACCUACAUUACAAUUGAGAUGCAUAAUUAACUCUACUUCUUAUCUACCUGCCGGUACAAGCUCGAGAGUCCAUCCACUAGUGAUCGCGGCACAUCCAUCAAAACCUAAUCAGUUUGCAUUGGGUCUUGCUGAUGGUGGAGUUUGCAUAGUUGAACCAAUAGAACCAGGAGGCAAAUGGGGCACCUCUCCUCCGCGCGAAAAUCUUUCCAAUGCAAAACCUGAUAAUUUCACAUACCCAUAUGUGCUUAAGGCCUGUGCUGCUCUCACUGCUUUCACUGAAGGCAAAUUAGUCCAUACCCGGAUAAUAAAAUCCGGGUUUGAUCACAAUGUCGUUGUCGCGAAUUCACUGAUAGACAUGUACUCCAAAAUUGGGGCUUUGAAAUCUGCCCAUUAUGUUUUUGAUGAAAUGCUUAAAAGGAAUUUGGUUUCUUGGAAUUGCAUGGUUUCAGGAUUUGCAUUGAAUGGUCUUCCGGAAGAUGCAUUGGAGCUCUGUAGUUUGAUGAGAUUUGAAGGGAUUGGAUUAGAUAAAGUGACUCUGAAAAUUGUUCUUCCUGCAAUUGGUUUAUUAGGAGCAAUUCAUAUUGGCGAAUCAGUUCAUGCUUAUGUUAUUGUAUUGGGUUCUUCAGACACAACUAUAUCAACUGCUAUCAUGGACAUGUAUGCAAAAUGUGGGAUGAUAGAUUCUGCUGAGAAACUUUUUCAUGAGAUUCAUCAUAAAGAUGCUGUAACUUGGAAUGUGAUGAUUAGUGGGUAUUGCAGAAACGGGCUGUUAGUUAUGGUGCUCAAUUUCGUCUGCAAGAUGCACACAGAGGGCGUAGAGCCAACUGCUGCUACUUUAUCGAUUGCCCUCCAAGCUUGUGCAGAUUUACCAAGCUUGCGAAUAGGAGGAACUAUCCAUGGUUAUGUUAUGAAGAAUGGGUUCAGUUCAGAUGUCUCUGUUGAAGCACUUCUGAUUAGCAUGUAUUCGAAGUGUGGAAGACUAGAUUUAGCUUGUCAAGUACUUUUUACAGUCACUAAAGAAAGUGUAAACGCGUGGAGCGCCAUCAUUCAUGGCUUGGGAAUGCAUGGGCAUGGAGAAGCUGCUUUGAUGAGUUUCUUCCGGAUGUUGAAGAGAGGCAUAGAUCCUGAUGGUGUGUGUUUCCUUCUUGUACUUUCUUCUUGUAGUCACACCGGAAUGGUUAGCGAAGGCCACAAAGUCUUUGAUUAUAUGGUUGGACAGUUUGGAAUUGAACCAAAGAUGGAGCACUUUGUGACUAUGGUUGAUCUUAUUGGGAGGGCAGGCUUCAUUGACGAAGCCUUUCAGUUCAUCAAGCAAAUGCCGAUGGAACCAGACAUCAGCAUUUGGGGUGCCUUCUUCGGUGCUUGUAAGAUACAUGGAAAGUUUGACAUAGGGAAAUCAGCAGAAGAGAGCAUGGUUGAAUUGGAUCCAAAAACAGCAGGUUACUAUAAGCUACUAUUAAAUACUUAUGCAAGCAAGGGAGGAUGGGAUGGUGUCCACAAGAUCAGAAGCCUAAUAAAUGAGAGAGGAGUUCAAAGAGUUAUAGGAUAUAGUUCACUUGAAGUUGAAAGGUCAGCUUCAUGA